UUCUGAAGCAAUUACAAAUAUAACUGUCAGUCGAGUCGAUAAGUGCGAUUUGCAGAAAAACAAAAUAAUAUCGUUUGUUUGUGAACAGUGAAUUAUUUUUUCUUGCAAUAGUUUUCUUUAUUAAUGAAUACUUUCCUACUGUAAAAUGGAGAGUAAACCUGAACUGCAACAGCAGCCCAAUUCGGGUGGAUUACUUCCCCCGCCUCCGCCGCCACCAGAUAUGCUUCUCGUUGGAAGUGGUCCGACAUGGCCACCAGGGCUUGGUGGUCCACCAAUAAUGGCCACAGGUCCACCCCCUUCCCUAAUGGGCCCCCCUCCGGUUUCGCUUAUGGGGCCACCUCCUUCCAACCAUGGAAGUGUACCACCAGGAAGUGAAGAUGCAAACAAAAACCCUCCCCCAUUGAUGUCACUGAAUGUUGGAAAUCCGGCAGAAUCAGAGGCGGUCAUCAAAAAACCCUCCGAACUGGUUUUGCCAAAAGCUUUGGAAGAUGUAUUGGCUCUAAAGACGCUUAGAGCUAAAGAGUUGGGUGCGGAAGAAGCAUUGGCCACUACAGGUGCAGUUGUUCCAACAGUACCCUUAUCAGGUAUCAGAACGUCGGCUCAGGAGGCACGUUCCCCUCAAUUUGGGAGAAUUGUGCCAUCGCCUUCACUGGCCUUUCUCAUCAUUUACCUGACGGAAAAGGAAGUGAAAAGGGGAAAGGAAGAGGAAGUGAAGUUGGAAAGGAGAAUGGAACCAUUUAUAGGAAAGCCAAUUAUGUUGACUUACACGCAUUCAGCUAGGGACUAAAGAGAGGUCACAAAAACACAGAGGACGUAACAAUGGACGAACGUCAAAGACGAAACACAGAGUGCACUGUGAAAAACGCAUAAUGCGAAUCCAUAUAGGUGACAAUCACAAAAUACAUUGUAAAAAUCGCAUAAUGCGGAUCCAUAUAGGUGGCAAUUUGUUGAAAACUAAGUAAAACACAUAUUCAUAACCCCAUUCUUAUUGAACCUCUCGAUGAGAUAGAACAAGAGUAGCCGAACCCGAACGUCAAGAAUGAAACACAGAGUACACUGUGAAAAACGCAUAAUGCGAAUCCAUAUAGGUAACAUACACAAAGUACAUUGUAAGAAAACGCAUAAUGCGAAUCCAUAUAGGUGACAAUUUGUUGAAAACUAAGUAAAACACAUAUUCAUAAUCCCAUUCUUAUUGAACCUCACGUUGAGAUUGAACAAGAGUAACCGAAGCCGAACGUCAAGGACGAGACACAGAGUACACUGUGAAAAACGCAUAAUGCGAAUCCAUAAAGGUAACAUACACAAAGUACAUUGUAAAAAAGACGCAAAAUGCGAAUCCAUAUAGGUGACAAUUUAUUGAAAAAAAAAACUAAGUAAAAAAAAAACAUUUUCAUAACCCCAUCCUUAAUCAACCUCAAGUUGAGAUUAAACAAGAGUAGCUGAAGCCAAACAUCAAAGACGAAACACAGAUUACACUUUGAAAAACGCAUAAUACGAAUCCAUAUAGGUGACAAACACAAAGUACGUUGUAAAAAAAAACGCAUAAUGCGAAUCCAUAUAGGUGAAAAUUUGUUGAAAAACUAAGUAAAAACAUAUUCAUAAUCCCACCCUUAUUCAACCUCAAGUUGAGAUUAAACAAAAGUAGCUGAAGCCGAACGUCAAAGACGAAACACAGAGUACACUGUGAAAAGCGCAUAAUGCGAAUCCAUAUAGGUGACAAACACAAAGUACAUUGUAAAAAAAAAUGCAUAAUGCGAAUCCAUAUAGGUGGAAGUUUGUUGAAAUACUAAGUAGAACACAUAUUCAUAACCCCACACUCACGUUGAGGAUGAACAAGAGUAGCCAAAGCCGAACGUCAAAGACGAGACACAGAGUACACUGUGAAAUACGCAUAAUGCGAAUCCAUAUAGGUGACAAUUUGUUGAAAACUAAGUAAAACACUUAUUCAUAACAUUAACCUCACGUUGAGAUUGAACAAGAGUAGCCGACGCCUAACGUCAAGGAAGAGACACAGAGUACACUGUGAAAAAACGCAUAAUGCGAAUCCAUAUAGGUAACAUACACAAAGCACAUUGUAAAAAACGCAUAAUGCGAAUCCAUAUAGGUGACAAUUUGUUGAAAACUAAUUAAAAGACAUAUUCAUAACCCUA